AGCAGAGGAAUUGGCAGAGAGGGGUGGAGGACACUGAGUGGAGGACAGUGGAGGGAUUGGUAGAGAGGAGUGGAGGCCAGUGGAGGGAUUGGUAGAGAGGGAUGGAGGACACUGAGUGGAGGAAUUGGCAGAGAGGGGUGGAGGACACUGAUUGGAGGCAAGUGGAGGGAUUGGCAGAGAGGGAUGGAGGACACUGAAUGGAGGCCAGUGGAGGGAUUGGCAGAGAAGGGUGGAGGACUAGGCAAAAGGGACAUAUGCGGCAUGGGAACCAGGGGUGUGUGUGUUAGCAGAAGGUUCUCUUGGGUAGGGGGUCUG